AAUAGACUGAGAAGUCAGAGCCAUCACCAAUAAGAUGAGUAUGUACACCAAUCCCUUCCGGAGCUUUCCCGAUCUUGAACAUGUCGUCCCAUAUUCUUACGAUACCCUGCGUGAUGAAGAAGAACAAGCGGAAGCUCCGUCGGGUGGCCGGAGGAGACCCAUGAAAGUUCUAUUGUCCACCUUGUUGUCUGGGAUCUUACUUCUAGCUCUGGUAAUGGUGUUGACCGGUGGCCAGAGAUCAGAAGAGGAAGUAGUAGAGGUGGUAGAAGGGAAUCAUCAUCCCUCAUUUCCUUCUUCUAAACCGUCGAGAGCCAUAGAACCUGAGUGGGUAUCACGGGGGGUAUCGGAAGGGGUGUCGGAGAAGGCUUUCCGUCCUUACUCCGAGAAAGGAGAUUCGUAUCCAUGGACCAACCUCAUGUUGUCUUGGCAGAGAACGGCCUACCACUUUCAGCCCGAGAAGAACUGGAUGAAUGAUCCCAAUGGGCCGCUGUUCUACAAAGGAUGGUACCACCUAUUCUACCAAUACAACCCUGAUAGUGCAGUGUGGGGCAACAUAACGUGGGGUCAUGCGGUCUCAAAGGACCUCAUCCAUUGGCUCUACCUCCCCCUUGCCAUGGUCCCUGAUCACUGGUACGACAUUAAUGGUGUCUGGACCGGUUCGGCCACCUUGCUCCCUGACGGUUCUGUCGUCAUUCUUUACACCGGCUCCACCGACGAAAAGGUUCAGGUCCAGAACCUCGCCCACCCGGCCGACCCCUCUGACCCUCUACUCCUCCACUGGAUUAAGUAUCCUGGCAACCCGGUCAUGGUUCCACCGCCAGGCAUUGGCACCUUGGACUUCCGAGACCCCACCACCGCCUGGCUCACUCCCGACGGCAAUUGGCGCCUUACUCUCGGUUCCAAAGUAAACGAAACCGGCAUUUCCCUUGUGUACCAGACCACCAACUUCACCAGUUACGAACUUCUUGACGGUGUGCUCCAUGCCGUUCCCGGCACCGGAAUGUGGGAAUGCGUGGACUUCUAUCCUGUCUCGACCACAGAGGAGAUAGGCCUGAACACGUCGGCUUUUGGGCCUGGAGUGAAGCAUGUGCUCAAGGCCAGCCUCGACGACAGUAAGAAAGAUUACUACGCCCUCGGAACUUACUACGUAGAGAAUGAUACGUGGAUCCCGGACAAUCCUGUGGCGGAUGUUGGAAUUGGCAUCCGCUACGAUUAUGGCAAGUAUUACGCCUCCAAGACAUUCUACGAUCAGCACAAGCAGAGGAGAGUGUUAUUCGGUUGGAUUGGUGAGACCGACAACGAGGCCGAGGACAUAAAGAAGGGUUGGGCUUCUGUUCAGAGCAUUCCAAGGGUGGUGUUGUUUGACCAGAAGACUGGGAGCAAUCUAGUACAGUGGCCAGUGGAGGAGGUAGAGAGCCUGAGAUUGACCAGUACGGAAUUUGACAAAGUGGUAGUCGGAGCUGGAUCAGUUGUGCCGCUCGACGUGGGAACAGCCACACAGUUGGACAUAACUGCUGAGUUCGAGAUCGACAGUGAGACCUUAGAAGGAACCAUCGAAGCUGAUAUAGGCUAUAACUGCACCACAAGCGGGGGAGCUGCCGGAAGAGGCACCUUGGGACCCUUCGGCCUCUUGGUUCUGGCAGAGGACAGCCUUGCCGAGCAGACACCAGUAUACUUCUACAUUGCCAAGGACACUGACGGCGAUUACAGGACCUUCUUCUGUGCCGACGAAUCAAGGUCUUCUUUGGCAAAUGAUGUUGUUAAAUAUGUCUACGGGAGCUAUGUUCCUGUACUUGAAGGAGAAAAAUUAAUUAUGAGGCUACUGGUUGAUCAUUCGAUAGUGGAAAGCUUUGCUCAAGGAGGGAGAACAGUCGUCACAUCAAGGGUAUAUCCAACACAAGCAAUAUAUGGAGCAGCCCGGGUUUUCUUGUUCAACAACGCUACAGCGGCCAACGUCACUGCCUCAUUGAAGAUUUGGCAGAUGAACUCUGCUUUCAUUCGCCCCUACUUCAAUGACCACCACAUCUAACAUCUGCCUCUCCCCAGUCCUCACAUCCACCCACCUACAUUUCCUCAACCUUCCGUCAACCCCCCAUCCAUUGUUUCAAGUGUUUCAAUUCAAUUCCCACCUACCAGUUGGAUCGAUUUUCAUCAUCUCAUUCUACCUUAUAUUUCUGUUCUUUUUCAGUGGGCCAUUUGCUGUUCCAUUCUAGGCUGGCCCUGUCAUAUCUAUUUGGUAAUUGGAUCCUUGUAGAAUUAAUGAUACGUCAGACAAUUUUGUACGAGGCAAAUUGAUAUAUUACAUCUUUCCAUUCAUUGUGAAUGUAAAUACCUGAUACUUGCUCUUGUGUCU